GCAUUAAGGUGAAUCACAUGUUAAUCAUUAUUACAAAGCUGAUCAAAUCGUGCCGGCUAUUUUUCACCGCUGGUUAUGACUGUUUACUGAUGCUACUGGUAAAAAAUGAGCUUUCAAGGCUGUAGCGCCCCAUAACUCGCCCUGCACAUCGUGUAAACUAAUUAACUGCAACAUUAUGGGGCUGGAAAAACACUUGUGGUGCUAGGAAGUGCUAAGGAUCAUAGAAUUGGUUCUUAAAUACGGAAUUUCUGACCUCCUAAUCACCCAAUUUUCUCUUUGAGGCGUUUUAUUGCGGAAUUUUUUUAUCAGUUUACAGCAACAGUAGCCAACAACAUCCAGCCAGGGAUGGGCCGCUCCGAUAGCACAACUGGUCCACUGACCUCCAGUCCCAGAGCUGCGCCACUCUGCCUUUCAGCUAUUUAUCAGUGGGAAAAGGCUGGCAGGAUGCUGAUCCUCAGCUGUUCUGUGCUUUGCCCAGAGCCAUCGGCCCCUUCUCUGUGUCUUCUGAGCGAGGCCCUCUGUCCACAGACAGCUGCAAAGCAAAUAGCUGUGGAUGCCUGGUGUGGAACAACUACAGCAUCUCCACAGCUUGCUCCCUGUGCUCAGAGCCCCACGUGCUCAGCACACAAUGCCCUUCUGCUCAGCUCUCUGCCUGUGCAAGGGGCUGCCUGGCCAUCAGCCUGCUCUGAGGCACGAUGCACAGCUACCAGCAGCACGAAGAAGACAAAGUAGGGGAGAUGGGGGGUGCCCAUGGAAGGAGUCAAUUCCCAUUUUUGUUUGGGAUCACAGACAGAGCAAGGCCCCACAUCACACACACAGUGCUAACAGGCACAGCUGGGCAACGGGCUGCAAGGGAGGUGAAUGGAGAUGAAACCCAUUUACCUGCAGAACAUGUAAUAAACAUUUUUGCUGCACGUAUGCAUUAACAGCACUGAUGUAAGCCCGUUUCCUAUAAACAUGUUGCACUACAAGUAUUCCUACUGUAAAACAGUUAUACGAUCCUAAGACAUCUUUAACACCCAAACAAACCCCUGAGGCACAUCAAACAUCACCACAAACACAAUUGGUUCUGGCAAACAUGAGGUCACCCCGCAAUGAGCUGCUGCCCAGUGGAGCGGAUGGGCCUCCCCUAUAAAUGGGAGCUCCCAGCAGCAUUCCCCACCUCAGCCCCACAGCGCACUCCUUCGCUGCCCUUCCAGCCCCACAGCCCAGAAUGAGGAGCACGCUGCUGGCCCUGGCUGCGCUCUGCCUGCUGGCUGUGCUGCACAGAACGGCAGGGGAUGGCAAUGCUGUGAAGCUCUGUGGGAGAGACUUCGUCAGAGCCAUCGUCUUCACCUGCGGCGGCUCUCGGUGGAAGAGGGAUCUGGCUCAUUACCAGUACCUGUUUGCAGAGAGCAGCGAGAGCUCCCCGUCCUCGGCCCAGGAGAGCGGUGGCUCCUCAGAGCUGUCCCCGUUCGCAGCAGCGGGGCUGGAGGAUGCUGAUGAGCAGAGCCAGGAGGGCAGAGCCCAGGAGGAGCGCGACGUGCAGCGCAGCAGGAAGGUGGCCGUGCUCAAGAAGCGCGAGGUGGCCAAACUGCUGACCACGUCCUGCUGCAGCGUGGGCUGCAGUGAGAGGGACAUCAGCCUGCUGUGCUAACGCGGCGCUGCUGGGGAGGUUUGCAG